CGUGAUUUCCGUGUGCUUCCAAAGAGUGCAGUGUGUGUGUGAACGGAGGGGAAAUCCAAACUGACAUAACUCCUGCAGACAUCGAGGAUGUUUCCUUCUUCUGUGCAAUGAAUGAGCUUUGGAAGAACACCCUAAUCUAUAGAGUUCACAGACUAAUUUGCUCUAAUCUUUGAAGAUGGAGAAGAUCGUAAAGUUUGCUCACCAUUUGUUAAGGGAACAGCUGUGGAUGUAUUCAAUUGCAUUCAUUGUCAGAUUGGUCCUUGUGUUCUAUGGAGUUUACCAAGACCAUACAAUGAUCGUGAAAUACACCGAUAUUGAUUACCAUGUUUUUACAGAUGCUGCUCAAUAUGUCACUCAGGGAUUUUCACCAUACCAAAGAACAACAUAUCGUUAUACUCCAUUGCUUGCUUGGAUUCUAACUCCUAACAUCUACAUCUCAGAACUGUUUGGGAAGGUGCUGUUUGUGUGGUGUGAUGUAGUUGCUGCCUACCUAAUCCACAAAAUCUUGAGACUGCAAGGAUUAGACAACUACUCUGCGAAAAAGUAUAGUGCAUUUUGGCUUUUUAACCCUUUACCAAUGGCUGUAUCCAGCAGAGGAAAUGCAGAAUCUAUUUUGGCUGUGCUUGUCCUUGCAGCAUUGUAUUAUGAGCUGAAGCAUAAUCUUGUCAAAGCUGCACUUAUCUAUGGUUUUUCUGUGCACAUGAAAAUUUACCCAGUGGCUCUCCUUUUACAAACUGUAUUAUAUCUGCAAGCACAGAGGACUAAGAAAAGAAAGAAAUAUAAAGGAAAGUUUUCAAUAUUCAUAUGGUUUGGAAUGGCAUGGGAUAGCCUCAAGAGGAUGCUAACUUGGGAUAUUUGUGUCUUUGGAGCUGUCAUGAGUCUCACACUGUUGGUGCUAAACUGUGCUUUCUAUCAUAUGUAUGGUUGGGAUUUCCUCGAGCACACUUAUCUAUACCAUUUGACACGAAGAGAUAUACGGCACAAUUUCUCCCCAUACUUCUACAUGUUGUACGUCAAAGCUGAAAAUGACUGGAGUGUCAGCCUGGGUCUCGCAGCCUUUCUUCCUCAGAUACUAUUGCUCUGUGUGGUAUCUGGAACCUAUUAUAAAGACCUGCCAUUCUGCUGCUUUCUCAACAUCUCAAUUUUUGUGAGCUUCAACAAAGUAUGUACAUCUCAGUAUUUCCUCUGGUAUCUCUGUCUACUGCCACUCAUUAUGCCAGGACUUCAGAUGUCAUUACAACAUGGAACAUUCCUACUGAUUUUGUGGUUUUUUGGACAGGCUUUGUGGCUGGCUCCAGCUUAUUUUCUGGAAUUUGAAGGAAAAAACACAUUUUUACAUGUGUGGCUAGCUGGAUUGCUCUUUCUCAUUAUAAAUUGUUAUAUUCUCACACAAAUUAUAACUAGAUACAAACUAAAGGAAGAAAACAAAGCAAAAGAUAAAUGGCAAUAGGUGUGGUAUAAAGUCUCCUUUUGUGUCCUUUCUCUUUGCUUCCCCUUGGGGACAUCCUAAAACUAAAUUUGUAUUGUUUUUUGUUUCCUUUUGGACAAUUUGUGCAAGAAAGACAGUAGACAAGAAUAUUGAUUAUGAACUUUAUUUGAUAUUGUCUAUCUACUUAUCAUCCAAGCAAAAGUUAUGUCAUAACCACAAAUGUCUUUUUUUACUUAAGCCGACAUUUUUGUUACUGAUAAUUUUGUUAUAACAUUAAUAACAUCUGUACCCAAAUACCUGUGUAUUAUUCCCCAUUCCCCGGCUUUCUUUGUAAUAUAAAUCCAAUAAAAAGAUAGAAAUUUAAAGUCCCCA